AAUACAUGUAUUAUCUUUCGCACUUGUAACUGCUAUCGGGUUAAGUUGAAAAAUAGUAAAUCUAUAAUCUAUUUCGGCAUUUGAGAUAUAAAGAAACAUUUAAAACAAGAAAUAUUCAAUCUAAACCGAGAGUUCAUAUAAAGCACAUUGCGAAUUAUAGUAAAAGUUCCUAACGUCACUUUUCUUCCGGUUAUAUAAUUUUCAUGCUGGCAAGACAAUUGUAACUCGCAAACACAUUCUAUAUAUCGAUGAUUUAUUCCCAGGGUCGUCAUAUUUUAAUGUUUUGGAAUAGCGCUGAAAGAAAAUUGAGAUAAUGAAAUAUCCAUCUACCGAGUGGUGCAGAAAAACCUCCAUUAAAUUUGAUAAGAUAUGCAAAUUGCUAGAUACAAUAUAACAUUGGGAAUGGAAACGGGGAAAAUUUGGUUCUUUUCAAUAUUCAAAACAUUUAUCAUUAUUUUAGCAUUUUCAUUGUGUGAGAGAUGAAUUCAAUGAUACAUUUUGUAAGAAAUUAAAAUUUCUUUUCUAGGGUGAGGAAAAUAUCGUAUUUCCUUUAUUGCACAAAUCACUACUGGACUGGGGAGAUUGAACUGUUAGAUACUGCUGGAAAAGAGUCGUCAACGUUUAUGAAUCGACAUGUCUAAUACCUGCACAUUUAAUUUAGGCUGUGUUUGUGAAACUACGAUUAAUUUCAUCUUUUGUGAAAAAAAAAUCACAAGUCGCUGUUGUCCGAGACCAAGCUGCAGAUAAAAUUAGAUUAGAAGCAAACAAUGACCAAAUAUUCGAAAUAUCGAAUAUUUCUAUUGCUCUUGGUGUUUAUAUUGAUUUUAUUCACCGUAAAAAAGGAAACAACGAAGAACGGUAAUGAAGAACAAGUGAAUCAUAUCAACAAAAAUGAAAAGAAUAUCGAAUCUUGUUCUGAAACUGUGCAUAUCUUUUCUGCUGUAGCACAUGCAAAAAAAGACUUGAGUCAGAUAGAAUUUGUAGUUUUAAAUGUUCUAGACGGCUCUAACCAUUCCAAUUGCGACUGCUGUAUUUACGGAGACGAGAAAGUAUCUACUCAUCGCCAAAAUGCAAUUGUGAAAGAAACGUACACUCAUAAUAGUAAAUUUGCCGAUCUUAUAGCAAGACAAUAUCUAUGUUAUGUACGCAACAUACGUUUCAAGAUGAAGCAUAUACAAUUGGUAGGAAAAAUGGAAUUUUGUAAUUCUUCUCAUAUUCUUCAUCCUGUAAUAUAUGCAUCAGUAAAGGAAAAGAAAUUUGCAAUAUGUGCUAAAAUAGCUUAUAACUAUCUAAAUCCAUUGCAUCUUAUUGAAUGGUUCGAAUAUCAAAAAAUGAUGGGUGUAGAUACAGUACUGAUAUCGCUACAACAAGUAAAUGAAGAUGCAUAUGCAGUAUUAAAAUAUUAUGAGAGAGAAGGGAUUGCAAAACUGAUUUCCUUUCCAAGUAAAUUGCCUGGUAAUAUCGACCGCAGUUUCGCACUGCAUCAGUGGCAUUACCAUCAAAGUACCCACGAUGAACAGGUUGCAGUGUAUUCUUGCAAAGAAAUUUUACAGGGAUUCGCUUUUGUGGCGGUGGUAGAUUUCGACGAGUACAUUGUUCAUGGAAAUUUUUUAGUAUACACAGAAAUGCUAAAGUCAGAGUUGUUACCAGCUUAUCCGGAUGCUGCUGCUUUCACCCUGAAUGUAUCAUUCUUCUUAACUGAUUGGGGCGUUUCAGGAGUCGAACCUUUAAUAACCAGUAGAUAUAUAAAAAGAUCAAAGCCCCUUUUUCAUCGAUAUAAAAAUAUUUAUUUGCCUAACAAAAUAGUUACCGUGGAUACACAUCUGGUGUGGCCCAGGAAGGGAUACCGAAGACUGAAGUAUCAAUCAGUACACAUCCAACAGAUUUAGUGUAAAGACGUCAUAAACAGUCUGAGAAACGCAUGACUUUGUGCAGUGCCAGCUAUUAGUAAAACGUAUCGACAGGAUGUAGGAAUAUGAGUUAUCAUGACUGUACAUAUAUGGCUAUUAACAAGUCUAAAUUGAAAACAACGUUCAUCCUUAUGAUUGCGUUGGAUAAAAACCGCAAUUUUAAAACGUGUGCAUGCAAAACAAAUUUCUUGGUAGAGGGGUCUCAAUACAGCACAAACAACAUUUUCCAAAAGACUAAAAAAGUGAAAAAGUAUAUUUUAACAAAACGCAUUUGACUAGCAGGUCGAACAAUGGAUGUUCGUAAACCCUGCUGACUGCCAUGGCGAUUGCCAAAUAAAGGGAUCACCAGAUGUAAUUAUUAAUUUAAUACCAAACAAAGAACAAUAAACUUGCGGAAAAGAUGGUAUACCGCAAACAUAAGGUGCAAAAAUUGGUACACCAUAUCCGGAUUUCGACAAAUAAUGUCUCUUCAGUGAUGUAAGGGAUCGAAACGGUAUCUGGAAGGCCAUAAAAUUUACCUCAAUUUAGGAUUGACUAUUGAAUUUUGAAGAUUCGAAAUAGGAUGAACGGAUUAUAUAAACCCGAAGGCAAUAUAAUACAAGCCCAGACGAAAAAAAUAUAAACAAGUCUAAAUUGAAAACAACGUUUAAACCUAUGAUUGCGUUGGAUAAAAACCGCAAUUUUUAUACGUGUGCAUGCAAAACAAAUUUCUUGGUAGAGGGGUCUAAAUACAGCAGAAAUAACAUUUUCCAAAAGACCACAAAAGUGAAAAAGUAUAUUUUAACAAAACGCAUUUGACUAGCAGGUCAAAUAACAGGCGUUCUUAAACCCUGUUGACUGCCAUGGCGAUUGCCAAAUAAAUGCAUCACCAAAAUGGAUCUUAAUUAUUAAUUUAAUACCAAACAGAAAACAAUAAACUUGCGGGAAAGAUGGUAUACCGCAAACAUAAGGUGCAAAAAUUGUACACCAUAUCCGGAUUUCGACAAUUAAUGUCUCUUCAGUGAUGGUAGGAAUCGAAACGGUAUUUGGAAGGCCAUAAAAUUUAACCUCAAUUUAGGAUUGACUCUUGAAUUUUGAAGAGUUGAAAUAGGAUGAACGGAUUAUAUAAACCCGAAGGCAAAUAUAAUACAAGUCCAAACGAAAAAAUAUAAACAAGUCUAAAUUGAAAACAACGUACAAACCUAUCAAUGCAUUGGAUAAAAACCGCAAUUUUUAUACGUGUGCAUGCAAAACAAAUUUCUUGGUAGGGUCUCAAUAUAGCACAAACAACAUUUUCCAAAAGACUAAAAAAGUGAAAAAGUAUAUUUUAAUAAAACGCAUUUGACUAGCAGGUCGCACAACAGACGUUCUUAAACCCUGCUGACUGCCAUGGCGAUUGCCAAACAAAGGGAUCACCAGAUGUAACAAAAUGGAUUUUAAUUAUUAAUUUAAUACCAAACAGAAAACAAUAAACUUGCGGAAAAGAUGGUAUACCGCAAACAUAAGGUGCAAAAAUUGGUACACCAUAUCCGGAUUUCGACAAUUAAUGUCUCUUCAGUGAUGUUAGGAAUCGAAACGGUAUUUGAAAGGCCAUAAGAUUUACCUCAAUUCAGGAUUGACUCUUGAAUUUUGAAGAGUCGAAAUAGGAUGAACGGAUUAUAUAAAUCAGAGGGCAAAUAUGAUACAAGCCCAAACGAAAACAAUAUAAACUAUAUAUUAUGCACGUCUAAACAUGUGAUAACUUUAUGACAGACAUUAUCUAUCGGAUAACACGUGGUUAUAUCUUUCAGAUCAGUUAUUUUGUCUGUCGUAAAGGAUGAUAAUGUUAAAUUAAAAUGAAAAACCAUUGAUCCAAAAUUUUGAUUGAAAUCAUCCACUAUCAUGGGAUAUUUGUGCUUUUUGUUCAUAAGGAUAGGAAGGAGAAAAAACAAUCCAUGGGAAAAUAAAGAUACAUAUUGUUUCUUUUAUCUUUUAAGAAUGCAAAUUUUUUUUUUCAAUUAAAUAUUAUAUAAAAAAGUAUAACAAAAAUUCCAAACUCGAAGGCAAAUUCAAAAAGGAUAAGUUCAUAAAAACUGACAAAAUCAUACGGAACAAGUGAAAAGCAAGUGCCACAUUCCUGAUUUAGUACAGAUAUUUUCCGAAGAAAAUGAUCUGUUAAACUUUGAUUUGUAACUGGCUAAACCUCCUACUUGACAGUUGUUUAUUGUUCCGUAAUAUUGACAUACUUGGGUAAGCAACCCAAACAGACAUAAAAGGUUAAUGUGACCACAGUCAAAACAGUGCAAACACACAUCACAGACAUACAACAAAACUGACUAAAAAAUUCAAACAAACAUACAAAUUUAUCUCAAAUCUCAAUCUAAAAUUAAUCUAACAAAGACGCAAGCAAAUUUGACUACGUCGUUGAUUGUACAUACCGUAUAGAGUAUACACUUUAUCGAUAAGGUAAACAUUUAGUAAAUAUAAGUACAAGGGUAAACCAAAUAGAAAUAACACUGUAAAAAUCAGUUUUUUCUCAUGAAAAAUAUUUUUACAUAAUCAAAGUGUCGUAUUUAUUUUUGUCCAGAAUUUGUAAUUGAAAUAUUUUUUUUUACCUGUUUUAAAUGAUUGAUGAAUCACCCCGAAACAUAAAUUCAUUUAAUAAGGUCAUGUACACUACCAUUUAACGAUAGACAUACAUUUGCAUACCGAUGUUCCGCCAAUAUAAUUGUUGGUUUGCAUAAUAAGCCAGGUGUUUUGCCUUGGAGAAUUGACUGAUCUAUUAAAAAGGAGGCGAAAGAUACCAAAGGAACAUUCAAACUCAUUAGUCGAAAAUAAACUGACAACGCCAUGGCUAAAAAAGGAAAAAGACCAAUAUACUAUUGUGAAAAUCCUUGGAUGGUACCAGCGGGAUUCGAACCCUUAAACUCGGGAUCUAAAGGCAGACCAAGUGAGUCAAAGAAGAUCUUCCCUAGCUCAACCAGUUAGAUUACCUUUAUAUCUCCAGGUCUACAACACAAACAACAAUACACAAAAAACAACAUAAAAACUAAAGACUGUGCAACAUGAACCCCACCAAAAACUGAGGGUGAUCUCAGGUGCUCCGGAAGGGUAAGAUUAUCCUGCUCCACAUGUGGCACCCGGUCGUGUUAAAUGAGUUGCAACGCAUGAUGGACUUCUGCUUUCUUUAGAGGGAGCACGUGUGUUCGCUUUGUUAAAGAAUGACCAUAUUUCUUCUUUUCGUUUUAAAUUUAUGCACCAUUUUAAGCAAUCAGUCAUUUAAGAGCAUCUGAAUGAGUUAUUUUUCAUAAAAGAUAUAAAAAUGAUUAAGAUACUUAAACUUUUGUUCUUAUUGAAUACUAGUGCAAUUAUUUCGUCCAUUUAAUGGAAAUCACGAACCGUCAUUGUAUGUUAAUACUUUUUGUAUAGAAGGAAGAAUGAUUUCAUUAAAUAUAAUAAAAUAUCAAGAAUAUAACAUGUAUAAGAAAAAGAUGCUGAAAAUUGAGUUUAAUAAUUGUUAAGAUUGCCCAUUACAUGUAUAUUUAUUCUUUCUAUUUAAAAUCAUGCAUUGUCUUUGGUAAUCAUGUUUUUUUGUGCAUCUAGUCUAAGAUAAUUUUUUUUUAAAUGUGAUCAAGAUAAGAGUAAAGAUGCUUAAACUUUUGUUUUUGAAUAUGACUGUUAUAGUAAUUUCAUUUCUAAUGGAACUCAUGAACUCUCAUUUGAUAAAAGAACUUUUGAACUUCAUUAUGAGCUAAGUUUUAGAGAUAAGGUACCAGAAUUGUGUUCGCAUUGUUUAAGAAUGCCCAUAUAUAUUUUUUUUAAUUCGUGCAUAGUUUUGAGGAAUAGUAAUUUACUGCGAACCUUAUAUUUCCAAAGGGCUGUGAGAGGACAAAAUAAUUACGAUUGAAAUAAUUGGGAGGCCUGCUAUGAAUAAUUCCGACCACAAAGGUAGGCGUGUCAUACACCAUUGUGUAAAUAAAUCAAUGUAGAUUUACGGCAUAAUAAGUUUUAGGGGGGUAGACAACCGAGGAAUCAAAAUAUAACGAAAGUUCGCGACCGAUUGUCAUUUUUCAAAAAUGCUAGUUACGUACCUUGUGUUAUAUGAAGGUAUAUAGGACAUUUUUUUUUAAGAGACAAGUGCCUGUGAUAAAGCUUAUAGAAAAAGAAAAUUACGUUUUGUUAAUACUAUUGUUGUUAAAGGCUGCGUGUUAAAUAUAUCUUUUACAAUAACCCUGCUUAAAAAUUGUAGUGAUAAAAUAAAACGUUAUUACAGUAUUGGAUGUCACUGUAGCAUAUACAUUUGCCUCUGGCCGUGUAUUAACCUCUCGUGUUAUUGGUUUUCGUGUCCUUUUGUUGCUGUCACUUUGGUCCAUUUGAUGCAUAUCCAAUCCAAGUUUUUUUUAUUCAUUUACUAAAAUAUUUUUUGCAUGGCAAUUAUCCAUUUAGAUGCAUCCAACCAUGAUUUAGUAAUGCACUAAUGCCUUCUACCUUGUAAUUCUCAACAGUGUAUUUUUGUCUGUUACAGGAUUGUGCUUCGAUCUCACAAUAUAAUAUUGCAUCACUACAGGCAAUGUAAGAACUCAGACAAUACUACGGAUGGAUGCAAGACAUUUUCAAAAAAUACUGACACUAAAAUGAUAAAAAUUAUGUCUGCAUUAUAUAAUAAAGUAAUCGCCGUUAAGAGAAGAUGUGAUAUAUCUGCUGGAUAAGUAACAUAUUUAUGAGUUGAAUUGAUAUACCCGUAUAUGAAAUUAAACAAUUGUUAUGAACACGAUGUUAAUGUGAACACGCAUAUAUAUUUGUCUUAUUUUCUUAAUUUAUACUGAACAUUUAGUGUU